UCCUGCCGGAGCCCAUACCAGGCGCCCCAAACCGGAACUCGUCCUCCAGACUGGAAAACAAACGGCUGUCAGUGAAGUGGUGGAGUUUAAAACAUGGAAAAGAAGAACCUACCCGGGUGAAACCAUCGUAACCAGUGACCGCUCGGAGUGUUUCUGCGGGACGCGGUCCCGGGUCGUGAUGGCGGGGCUGAUCCGGAGAUGUCUGGGCCACCUGAGGCGGUGGCUGAAGGUGGACCUGCUCCGGGAGGCGGGCCGCCAGUACCCGCUGUCCUGCUGCGUACUGUCCUCCCUGCUGUUGCUCACCGUGCUGCUCAACAGGUACAUCCACAUUCUGUUGGUGUUCUGGUCCUUCCUGGCGGGCGUCACCACCUUCUACUGCUCCCUCGGGCCCGGCUCCCUGCUGCCCAACGUCCUCUUCACCGAUAGGCCCCGCAGCAAGCGGCCGCUGCAGCAGGAGCUGUUCCCGCUCGGCAGCAGUUGCGCCGUCUGCGGCAAGGUGCGCUGUAAACGACACCGGCCCACGCUGCUCUUGGAGAACUAUCAGCCCUGGCUGGACCUGAAGGUCCACUCCAAGGUGGACGCCUCCAUCGCCGAGGUGUUUGAGCUGGUGCUGGAAAACUUUGUGUACCCGUGGUACAGGGACAUCACAGACGAUGAGGCCUGUGUGGACGAGCUCAGGGUGACCUUCCGCUUCUUCGCGUCCGUGGUGGUGCGGCGAGCGCAGAAGGUGGACGUCCCGUCCGUGUUUGCGGACAAGGUGAUGACGGCGGUGCUGAAGCACAUCGAGGUGAUGAGCCGGGUGCAGCAGAGAGGCCCCGGGGGGGAGGGCCUCCAGCAGGCCGCCCUGGAGGCCUACGGGGCUGACCUUCACCUGGCCCUGCGGAGCCGUCGGGAGGAGCUGCUGUACCUCCGCAGUCUGGCCCAGCUGCUGUUCAGCCACGUGCUGCCGCCCAAGGCCACCGGCUGCAGGUCUCUGGCUCUGCUGCUCCGGGAGGUGGUCUCGGGCUCGGUCAUGCUGCCCACCAUGGACUUCCUGGCCGACCCGGACACGCUGAACCUCAUGGUGCUGCUGCUGGUGGACGACGGCCCGCUGGAGGAGCCCAGCGAGCCCCCCUCCGCCCUGGUCCCCUUCCUGCAGCGCUACGCAGAGGUCCGCAACAAGAAGGCCUCGGUCCUGAAGCUGGAGCUCAAGGAGAUCCGGGAGCAGCAGGACCUUCUGUUCCGCUUCAUGAACUUCCUGAAGCAGGAGGGUGCCGUGCACGUGCUGCAGUUCUGCCUCAGCGUGGAGGAGUUCAACGACCGCAUCCUGCGGCCGGAGCUGAGUGAGGAGCAGCUGCAGGCGCUGCACGGGGAGGUGCAGCACCUGCACCAGGCCUACUGCCUGGACCACAGCCCCGACAAGAUACGCCUCCAGCCCGCCAUCGUGGAGGAGAUCCAAAACAUCGCGGAGGGCCCGUACCCCUGCGUGGUGCGGCUGCAGACGCUGCCCUGCCUGUUCCAGGCCUACGAGCACGUCCUGUCUCUGCUGGAGGACGUCUUCACCCCCAUGUUCUGCCACAGCGACGAGUACUUCAGGUACCUGCUGAAGGGGGCGGAGUCUCCCACCAGGAACUCUAAACUCACCAGGAAUAGCUUGAGUUUGGACGAGCUGAGGAACGCGUCGAAGCGCGGCGAGGCGUUUGGGAUCACCCGCCUCGGCAGUAAGAUCCGGGGGGUCUUCAAGAACACGACCAUGGAGGGCUCCAUGCUGCCCGAGGGUGCCGUCACCGACCCCGACGAGGCCGUGGAGGAGGCCACGGUGGUGAUGGAGGACGACGGGCCGGCGGAGGUGGCGAGCUCGGCGGGCUCCUUGAGGAACCUGUCGGCGUGGGGCAUCAGCAUCCCCUACGUGGAUCUCCAUGACGACGAGGCCAAGAGGGAGCGGGUCCCCGUGUUCUGCAUCGACGUGGAGCGCCACGACCGCCAGGAGGUUGGACAUGAGCCUGAGAAGUGGUCCGUGCUGAGAAGAUACCUGGAGUUCUAUGUUCUAGAGUCCAAACUCACCGAGUUCCACGGCUCUUUUGCUGAUGCUCAGCUUCCCUCCAAGCGGAUCAUCGGACCCAAGAACUACGAGUUCCUGGUGUCCAAGAAGGACGAGUUUGAGGAGUAUCUGCAGAGGCUGGUGCAGCACCCGGAGCUCAGCAACAGCCAGCUCCUGGCCGACUUCCUGUCUCCCUACAGCAUGGAGUCGCAGUUCCUGGAGCGCAUGCUGCCAGACGUCAACCUGGGGAAGAUCUUCAAGUCAGUCCCGGGGAAGCUCAUCAAAGAGAGAGGUCAGAACCUGGAUCCCUUCCUGCAGUCGUUCUUCAACUCGUGCGAGUCGCCCAAACCCAAACCCAGCCGCCCGGAGCUUACCAUCAUCAGCCCCACAGCGGACGACAAGAAGCUCCUCAGCCCGCUGUUCCAGAACAACGCCAACCUGGCGGACGGCGCGGACCGACGGCAGAACCAGAACCUCUUCAUGGAGAUGGUGUCUGUCAGCGGGCUGUACGACCACAUGAUGCACCUCGGGCGACAGGUGUUCCGGAUGCCCGACUGGCUGCACCACAUGUUGAGCGCGGGCCGGAUCCUCUUCAAGAAGUCCUUCGAGGCGUACAUGGACCAGUACCUGCAGGCCAAGGUGGACACGCUGCUGCAGGAGCACCGCCUGGUGUCGCUCAUCACCCAGCUCCGAGACGCGGUGUUCUGCGAAGGCAGUGAGGAGAGGAGUCCGGAGGAGCGGCAGAAACGCGCCAAGCAGACGUUUGAGGAGAUGAUGAAGUAUUUACCAGAUGUGGUGGAGAAGUGUAUCGGUCCGGAGAAUAAGUACGAGGGGAUCCGCCUGCUGUUCGACGGCCUGCAGCAACCCCUCCUCAACAAGCAGAUGUCCUACGUUCUGCUGGACAUCGCCGUUCAGGAGCUCUUCCCGGAGCUGUCCAGCUGAGGGGUGUCCCUCUGCCCGGCUGAGGGGUGUCCCUCUGUCCGGCUGAGGGGUGUCCCUCUGCCCGGCUGAGGGGUGUCCCUCUGUCCGGCUGAGGGGUGUCCCUCUCCCCAGAGCCGUCCCCACAUUCCACUGUACAUUAACACUCAAAUAAACACUUUAUUUAUUGACUUAA